CUUGACAGGCGACAAUGUGGUAGAGGAGGUAGUCACAACGUUUGGUCAAGAUGCUGCAUCACCACAGCACUUUGCAUCUAUCGCUCAGAAGUUCGAACCUUACGAUUUACACGACUCAAGAAAAGGGCUGGCGGCAGAGGGAUGGAGCAGACGUCAUCAGCUGGCCACGAGUCACACAACCACAACCCAUUCCCAACUUCUUUUGUGAUUCUAGUCAUGUACAUCCACACCAUAUUCUCAGCGCGACCCGUCCUUUGGCACGUUACUAAAGUUCCAGUUUGGCGAAGACUGCCAGCCCGGCUCCCCAAUAUCCGCGGACGGAUUUGCAAACACAUCAGGUGCCGGAGUUACCUCUCUGGCGGGCACCUCGGAGCCUAUCGAUACUGUCGUCGGUGGCUGCAGUGUUCCUCUAGCUGACAGCUGGUCUUUCAGAUCCUGUCUGAACUGCUGGUUAGGCAUCCUCUUUUCUUCUGCGUGCUCUGAACACACACUCCUCUACGUCUCAUUGCAGGCUCGAGGCCUGACAAUGUUCAGCGUCUC